AUGCUGCUGGUCACUGUCGACGUGGCUCUGGACCGGCUGCUUGUCCGUGACGUGCUCAAAGCAAUCAUCUCCACAAUCUUCUUCCACCGCCUCUUCGCGUCCGUCAAGCCCUCCGCACAACCGCAGGAAGUCCUGGACGUCACAUACCCCGCUGUCGAAGACGCAGAGCUAGACGCGCUGAUUGCUGAGAAAGUCGCAAAGCUUGUGGCGUCGUUGGACGCGAAUCAUAAUCAGGACGGCGGCGGCGGAUCUGCUGCGGGGGUAUAG